AUGGAUGAAAUUAAAAUUGAACCUUUAAAUGGUACGGAAGGAUAUCAGCUUUGGAAGUAUGAAAUAAACAUUUAUUUCAAAGCUAAUAAUCUCAGCCAAGUAAUUGAAGGCGUAAAAAGUUCAACCGAUGAGAACUUUCAAAUAAAAGAUGCAAAAGCACAACGUGCAAUCUUAAUGAGCAUUAACAAGAAAUAUAAGCCGCCAUUAAUGUCGUGUAACACAGCAAAAGAAAUGUACACUAAAUUAUGCAAAAUGUUUGACGGAGAAGAAUCAAGACGUGCUUCUGAAUUACUACAAGAAUUUUUCACAUUUAAAACAAGCAGAAAACAUAACAUAUCGCAAUUAUUAUGCGAAAUUGAAAACUUAACCUUUAGACUCAAAGGGCUUGGUCAAAAUAUAACAAAUGAAAUGUUAAUCUCAAAAAUUCUAUCAUGCUUACCAUCCGAGUACGAAAAUUUUAUUACCGCAUGGGAUUCAACUGAAGACUCGAAAAAAACUUUAGAAAAUUUAACUAACCGACUGUUAUCUGAAGAAAAUAGAAUAUCCAAAAAACAUGAAGAAAAACCCUUUGCCUUUAAAUCUAUGAAAAAUGUAAAGUCAAAUAAAGUAACCUGUAACAAGUGCAAUAAAAUUGGUCAUUAUGCAAAAAACUGUAACAGUAAACAAUGUUCAAUCUGUAAAAAAUAUAACCACGAGGAGAAAAACUGCUACUUCAGAAAUAAAACAUCAAAUAAGCGAAAUGUUGCUUUUGUGACAAAUAAAAUUCAAGAUGAAAAUAUGUUCUUAGUAGAUUCAGGUUCUAGCUCUCAUAUGGUAAAUAACAUAAAUUUAAUAAAUGACUAUCAAGAAGAUUAUACAGAAAUAUGUGUUGCUAAAUAUAAUGAAACUAUGAAGUCACCAGGCUAUGGAAAAGUACAAGGUACAAAUUGUUCAUUACAAAAUACUUUAUAUGUUCCUGAACUUACCCAAAACUUAUUAUCAGUAUCAUGUAUCACAAACAAUGGAGGAUCUGUAAUAUUUAAUAAAAAUUCAGUAAAAAUAUUAAAAGACAAUGAAGUUGUACUAACUGGAAAUAAAAACAAAACUGGCCUUUAUAGUGUUGAUGUAUUGAAUAAUAUAUAUAAAAACAAUAUUGCAUUUUACUCGAAUAACAAUGAAACUGCAAUGGAUUGGCAUAUUAAAAUGGGUCAUCCAAGUAAAAAUGUUCUCUCAAAGUUACUGAAACUUGCUGACGGUCUGAAAAUAACAGAAAAAGAUGUCGAGCUCAUGUCGCAAUGUGAAGUUUGCAUAAAAUCACAACAAGAGCAAAAGGAGAAUUUAAAAACAUUAAUACCUGAAAAUUUAUUUGAUCAUUUAAUUGACUUACCUGAAGAAAAAGAUGAAGAUACAAUUUUAAAUGAAGAAAAAGAAAUAAAUCACCUGAAAAAUAAUGAUAAAAAUAAAAACUUAGGAGAAGGCAGUACCCAUAUAAACCCAGUAGAGGAGUUAAUUAACACUGAUGAUGACAUAAAUAACAGCUUAGGAGAAGGUGGCAGCCAUAACACUACAGAUAAAAUUAAAAAUAAAACAAUUAAUGAAAAUAAAAACAUAAUGGGUGAUGAUUUCAAAAAUAUGACUAGAAGUAAAAGAGAGAUUAAGAAACCAAAGAAAUUUAAUGAUUAUGUCUUACUUAGUUUUUCAGAAUAUCUUUCAGGGCCUGACAGGGAUAAAUGGAUAGAGGCAGUAACAUCUGAAAAGGAAUCAUUAGAGAAAAAUCAUACCUGGGAUAUUGUGGAUCGACAGGAAGCAGAAGGCAAGGAAAUAUUGUCAAACAGUAUCAUUAUGGACUCUGACGAAGAAGGUUUACUUGCGCUGCUUCUGAUAAAAAAACGUUGCGUUGCCUUCGACUCGAACAGGUUAGCUCAGUUAACU